AGCAACAAGAUGGCCGCGGUGGCAGCUCCGCACCUCAGCGCGACGGCCUCGGGAGCCGCAGCCACCGCCGCCGGCCCCGCCGCUCCGCAGCCCUGAGCACCACCCCGGCCACCCCCGCCGCCCCUGACAGGGCCCUCCGCGCCCCCGCCGCGCUCCUGCCGCCGCCGCCGCGGGCCAGCCCGAGCCGGAGGCGGACGGAGCGCAGCCGGCCGAGCGCCGAGCUCCGAGCCCCGCCGCUGCCUGGGAUCCCGGGCCGCACCGGAGCCACCGUCCCGCCCGCGGGCGCGAGGAGGAGGGCGCGUCGCGGCGUCGCCGGGGCCGGACCUGGACCUGCCGGGACGCGCCACCGCCCACCCGCCUGCGCCGCCGCCGCCGCCGCCGCCGCCGCCCGCGCCGGGACCUGAGCCCGCGGCGCCGGCGCUGAGCGGGCCCCCGCCGCUCGAGCGCCCCGCAGGCCUCAGGGCGGCCGCCUGGGUUGUUGUCGCCGCCGCCGCCGCCAGGCCCGCGCCGCCGGAGCCCCGCCGAGGAGCCGCCGCCGCCGCCGCCGGGGACGGAGCCCAGGGAGAAAGAACAAGAAACACAAAAAGAGGAACAUUUGAUGGAAGAAAAGAAAAAGAAAAAGCAGGAAGAAAAGAAAAAGAAGGAAGGUGCUCAGAAAAAGGCUGCUGAUCAAAAAACCAAAGUGCCAGAACCUACUAAGACCGGCUCCAGCCAGCCCCAGCCUGCCGGCGCCGGGACCAGCACUGCCACCAGCACCCUCUCCAGCAGCGGCAAUGGCAAGCGCGCACCUGCCAGCGGCCCGCCGCCAGCCGCGUCCCGCUACCUGCCUCGCGAGGUGCCUCCACGCUUCCGCCAGCAAGAACAGAAGCAGCUGUUGAAGAGGGGUCAGCCGUUGCCCACAGGGGCGCUGACCAGUGCAAGCCCCACCCAGGGCGCUGGGCCUGCGGGGGCGAGCCCUCCUCCCGCCCCUGGAGCCGGAGCGCAGCAGCAGCCCAGUAAGCUCCAGCCAGAUCUCAGUCACAGUGGAUUGGCAGAUCAUUAUGAAAGCCCCCACUGGGGACAGCAGCCCACUUUCAGAAGCGAAGCCGGCUGCAGCUGGGAUCAAGUGAUAAUAGACAGGACUGAUAAGGAGGCGUGGCCUUCCAUCACGGGCGCGGAGACGGAGUCCGCCUCAGAAUGCACCACAGACACUGACUCCGCCUCCAACUGCGGCUCGGAGAGCAGCAGCAUGGCCACGGGGGGCGCCCCGGGCGGCUUCCCCGCUCACGCCAAGAAGACCAAUGGCAGUAACGGCACGAACGGCGCACUCGUCCAAAGCCCCCCGAACCCGAGUGCCCUUGGCGCGGGCGGAGCCAACGGCAGCGGCAGCGCGGCCAGGGCGUGGGGCGUCGCCGCGGGCCCCAGCUCCGGCCUCCCGCACUGCCCCCUCGGGGCCGGGGACGGGAAAAUGGACAGCCUGAUGGGGGACGGGAGGGGUCAGAACUGCUGGGGCGCCUCCACCCCCAGCGCCGGCAUUAAUCUCAACCUUAACCCGAGCGCCAACCCGGCUGCCUGGCCUGUCCUCGGACACGAAGGGACUGUGGCCACAGGCAGCCCUUCCAGUAUUUGCAGUCCAGUCAGUGCCAUAGGUCACAACGUGGGCAACCAGAACGGGAGCCCGGCGGGCACGCUGGGCGCGUGGGGGAGCUUGCUGCCGCAGGAGAGCACAGAACCACAGACGUCCACGUCUCAGAAUGUGUCUUUCAGCGUACAACCUCAGAACCUUAACACUGAUGGACCAAAUAACACUAACCCCGUGAACUCUUCAGCAAACCCUAUCAAUGCAAUGCAGACAAACGGACUGCCGAACUGGGGCAUGGCUGUCGGCGUGGGGGCCAUCCUCCCGCCCCACCUGCAAGGCCUUCCUGGUGCUAACGGAUCAUCAGUCUCUCAAGUCAGUGGGGGUGGGGGCGAAGGAAUCAGCAGUUCUGUGUGGGGACUGUCCCCCGGUAACCCUGCCACAGGAAAUAGCAGUUCUGGGUUCAGCCAGGGGAGUGGAGACACUGUGAACUCAGCAUUAAGUGCUAAACAAAAUGGACCCAGCAGUGCUGUGCAGAAGGAAGGGAGCACAGGGGCCGCCUGGGAGUCGGGGCCUCCUGCUGGCCCCGGGGUCCUCGCCUGGGGGCGGGGCCGCGGCACCAACGGCGUCGGGAACAUCCAUUCUGGCGCGUGGGGCCACCCCAGCCGAAGCACCGCCAACGGUGUGAGUGGGGAGUGGGGGAAGCCCCCAAACCAGCAUUCCAGUGGCGACGUCAAUGGGAAAGGGUCAACAGGGUGGGACGGCCCCAGUGUGAGCGGCCAGAACCCUGCCAUGCAGCCCGGCGGUGACCACGUGAGCUCGUGGGCCAAGGCCGCCUCUUCCGGAACCACGGCGAGCGAAGGCAGCAGCGAGGGCUCUGGCGGUCACGGUGAAGGCGGUGCCGGGAGGGAAGGGGCCGAAGGCCGGCGGCGGGAGAAGGGAGUUCUAGACCAAGGGCACAUCCAGUUGCCAAGGAGCGAUCUUGACCCGCGAGUCCUGUCCAAUACCGGCUGGGGACAGACUCCAGUAAAGCAAAACACUGCCUGGGAAUUUGAAGAGUCCCCGAGGUCUGAGCGGAAAAAUGACAAUGGGACAGAGGCCUGGGGCUGUGCAGCUACUCAGCCUUCACACUCAGGGGGGAAGAACGAUGGGUCCAUCAUGAACAGUACAAAUACCUCUUCAGUAUCUGGGUGGGUCAGCUCGCCGCCUGCUGCUGGGCCAGCAGACACCGGCUGGGGGGACAGCAGCAACCGAGCGCCAAACGGCCCCGGGGUCUGGGGGGACUCGGUCAGCUCAACUGCUGUUCCUAACGCUGCUGCUGCCAAGGGCGGCCACGCCUGGAGUGGGACCGUAAGUCAGGAGGACAAGUCGCCCACCUGGGGUGAGCCCCAGAAGCCCAAAUCUCAAAACUGGGCAGAUGGACAAAAGCCGAAUGCAGCCUGGAGUGCAGGAGGCGGAGACUGGGCAGACCCCUCUUCUGUCCUUGGACACCUGGGGGAGGGGAAAAAAAAUGGCUCUGGGUGGGACACUGACAGCAGCCGGUCGGGGUCCGGCUGGAAUGACUCUGCGAGGCCUGGGGCCGGUGGCUGGGGCAGCGGCACAAAUGCUAAGGUGGGUCCAGGGGCAAACUGGGGAGAGUCUUUGAAACCCGGCCCCCAGCAGAACUGGGCGAGCAAACCUCAAGACAACAACGUGAGUAACUGGGGAGGAGCCGCCUCCGUGAAACAGACAGGAACAGGGUGGAUCGGGGGGCCGGUCCCCGUCAAGCAGAAGGACAGCAGCGAAGCCACGGGCUGGGAAGAGCCUUCUCCGCCAUCCAUUCGACGCAAAAUGGAAAUCGACGAUGGUACCUCAGCUUGGGGUGACCCAAGCAAUUACAACAACAAGGCUGUAAACAUGUGGGACAGAAACAACCCGGGCCUCCAGAGCAGCACCGCGGCGGCCGCCGCCCCUGCCGCCACCACGAACAGCAGCACGAGCACAGCCGAGGUGGCGCCGCCGCCGCCGCCGCCGCCGCACCCGGCCAGCGCCCCGCUGAACCGGUCACCGCUGCUCGGUCCAGUUUCAUCAGGCUGGGGAGAGAUGCCCAACGUUCAUUCAAAGGCUGAAAACUCUUGGGGAGAACCAGCCUCCCCCUCUCCCCUGGUUGAUAACGGCACAGCAGCCUGGGGCAAGCCGCCCAGCAGCGGCAGCGGAUGGGGAGAGCAGCCCACGGAGCCGGCCGUGCCAUUCGGGAGAGCCGGCGCGCCCGCCAGCGCCCCGGCCCUGUGCAAACCAGCUUCAAAAUCUAUGCAAGAAGGCUGGGGCAGCGGUGGGGACGACGGGAACCUCGGUCCCGGUCAGUGGGAAGACGAAGAAGGGGGCAUGUGGAACAGCGCCGCUUCCCAGGACAGCACCUCCUCCUGCAGCUCCUGGGGGAACGCCCCCAAAAAAGGACUCCAAAAGGGCAUGAAGACGCCGGGCAAGCAGGACGAGGCCUGGGUCAUGAGCCGGCUCAUCAGACAACUCGCGGACAUGGGCUUCCCGAGAGAGCCAGCUGAAGAGGCCUUGAAGAGUAAUAAUAUGAAUCUUGAUCAGGCCAUGAGUGCUCUGCUGGAAAAGAAGGUGGACAUGGACAAGCGUGGACUGGGAGUGACCGACUACAAUGGAAUGGUCACCAAACCCCUUGGCUGCCGCCCACCAAUCUCCAAAGAGUCUUCCGUGGACCGCCCCACCUUUCUUGACAAGGACGGCGGCCUCGUGGAAGAGCCCACGACUUCACCAUUUUUGCCUUCGCCAAGCCUGAAGCCCCCCCUUUCAAACAGUGCACUCCCCAAUCAGGCCCUGGGUGGGAUUGCCUCAGGGCUGGGCAUGCAAAACUUGAAUUCUUCUCGACAGAUACCGAGUGGCAGCCUGGGCGUGUUUGGCAGUAGCGGAGCAGCACAAGCCAGGAGCAUGCCGCCGCCGCAGCCGCCCAUGCCGCCGCUGAACCCCUCCCAGCCCGGUCUCCGUGCGCAAGUGCCUCAGUUUCUAUCCCCUCAGGUUCAAGCACAGCUUUUGCAGUUUGCAGCAAAAAACAUUGGUCUCAACCCUGCACUAUUAACCUCGCCAAUUAACCCUCAGCAUAUGACGAUGUUGAACCAGCUCUAUCAGCUGCAGCUGGCAUACCAACGUUUACAAAUCCAGCAGCAGAUGCUACAGGCCCAGCGGAAUGUGUCCGGACCCAUGAGACAGCAAGAGCAGCAAGUCGCGCGCACAAUCACUAACCUGCAGCAGCAGAUCCAGCAGCAGCAGCGCCAGCUGGCCCAGGCCCUGCUCGUGAAGCCCCCGCCGCCCCCGCCGCCCCUGUCUGUGCACCCCUCUGCAGGCAAACCGGCCGUGGACAGCUUCCCCCCGCACCCUCCGGCCCCCGGCCUGCCGGACCUGCAGACCAAAGAGCAGCAGUCUUCGCCCAACACCUUCGCUCCUUACCCUCUCGCUGGGCUGAACCCGACCGCGAGCGUCGGCGGCAUGGACAUGGCUGGCGGCCUGCCAGCGAAGGACCCCUCGCAGUCCCAGUCGCGCCUCCCUCAGUGGACACACCCCAACCCCAUGGACAGCGUGCCCGGUGCUGCUCCUCCUCUCGACCAGAACCCCGGCAAGCACGGUGCUAUCCCUGGAGGUCUGAGCAUCGGGCCUCCGGCGAAGUCCUCCAUUGACGACUCCUACGGCCGGUACGACUUAAUCCAGAACAGCGAGUCACCAGCCAGUCCUCCGGUAGCUGUCCCCCAUAGCUGGUCACGUGCCAAAUCUGACAGUGAUAAAAUCUCAAACGGCUCCAGCAUCAACUGGCCCCCAGAAUUUCACCCUGGAGUCCCUUGGAAAGGACUUCAGAACAUAGAUCCUGAGAAUGACCCCGAUGUCACCCCUGGCAGUGUCCCCACCGGGCCGACCAUCAACACCACCAUCCAGGAUGUCAACCGCUACCUCCUCAAGAGCGGAGGUAAACUGUCAGACAUGAAAUCGACAUGGUCCUCCGGCCCCGCCUCCCACACACAAGCCUCUCUGUCUCAUGAACUGUGGAAGGUGCCCAGAAACACUACUGCGCCCACCAGGCCGCCUCCGGGGCUAACCAACCCCAAGUCUUCCUCCACCUGGGGAGCCAGCCCCCUCGGCUGGACCAGCUCGUACGCCUCCGGCUCUGCUUGGAGCACCGACACCUCAGGAAGAACCAGCAGCUGGCUCGUUCUCCGCAACCUCACGCCCCAGAUCGAUGGCUCCACCCUGCGGACGCUGUGUUUGCAGCACGGGCCGCUCAUCACAUUCCACCUGAACCUGACGCAAGGCAACGCCGUGGUCCGCUACAGCUCCAAGGAGGAGGCCGCCAAGGCCCAGAAGUCCCUGCACAUGUGUGUCCUGGGAAACACUACCAUCUUGGCCGAGUUCGCUGGCGAAGAAGAGGUGAACCGUUUCUUAGCCCAAGGCCAAGCGCUGCCGCCCACGUCCAGCUGGCAGCCCAGCGCUGGGACCAGCCAGGCGAGGCUGGGCGCCUCGGGCGGCUCCCACGGCCUGGUGCGGAGCGACGCUGGCCACUGGAACGCCCCGUGCCUGGCAGGCAAAGGGAGCAGCGACCUGCUGUGGGGCGGGGUCCCCCAGUACUCGAGCAGCCUGUGGGGCCCACCCAGCAGCGACGACGGCAGGGUGAUCGGGAGCCCCACCCCGCUGAACACUCUGCUUCCGGGCGACCUUCUUAGCGGGGAGUCCAUCUAGGACGGCGCGGGCCCUGCGGCCCCACGAUCAUCAGCACUAGGAAGAAAUGCUGACCCUUUCCAGUCCGGGCGUCGCUGAGGACCCCGCUUGACCCAGGCAGCCCGGCAGCCCUUUCAAGUACCUCUGUCCAGUACUGAAGACGAACCUUCGCACAGUCCUUGCGAACUGUUCCCAAGACAGUGCGGGCUGCGCUUGGUCGGUGUCACAUGCUAAUGACAGGAUGUUUCUCAUAGCUUUUUAUUUUGUGUUGUCUUAUGUUCGUAUGGUGUGUUGUCAUUUUGAUUUUUUAAGUAUAAAAGCUGCUUAGAAUAGUUCUAUCAUGAAGGGCACUUUUCCGAUUGCGGGCUGG